AAGUCAUCAGAGGUUGGAUGGGUGGGAAGGCCCCAGUGGUCUCUCCAUCACAGCAGCUGUUCCGAGAUGUGCCCAGCGCUGCAUCCCUCGGUUUGGGCCCAGGAAAGGGAGGGCACACGAGGGCAGGUUCCUCUCCCAAACUGCCUGCAUCAGGCACAGCUCAUGGAAAAUUUGUCAUUGGGAUCUGCAGUGCUUCUGUUUUAAUACCCUCCCGUGUCUUAGUCAGUGUCGUUUCAUGGAGAUAUCCAGCUCCCAUCUGGCAAUUGCCAUGAGUAAAUCAUGAAGCACUUGACACAGGAGUCCUGUGCAAUGUGUGAAUGUGUGAGGGAACUUGCCUCAAAACUUGCCUCUCUGAACACAUGUGCAUAGUUAAUAUUGGUCCAUCUUCAACAACACAUCUUCUCAUGCUCCUUUUCCAGUUUGUGGAAAACCAAUUUGUUGGAUCUUUUUACCACAUAUGCAAGGAAAACUUCCUUUGCAAUGUAAAUAGCAAUAUAAAGAGAAAACCUCUUUGUAGCUGUUCUUAGAAAAGUUUUAAUGAUGCUUCCUCUUCAUAACACUGGUUUGCUUUUUUUUCCUGUCUAAGUAACCACAUUUUUGCCUUGUCUUUUAUGUUUGAAGAGUGUCAGUCUUUAGAAGGAUGUCGAGGCAGAGAAGUGUCCUGUAAUUGUUGUAUCAGCUGCAUGUACCCUGCAGGGUAGUGGUGCCCAGGGGUGUUGGCUGCAAUCCCUCACCAUGUCCUGACUGUAUCAGGAGGAAAUCUGGCUUCUCUGAAUCUUAUUCCACUAUGAAGCAGCUGCCAGGAGAGACUAUUCGUCUCCUUUCAAGUUCUCAGGUGAUUACUUCAGUUGUCAGUGUGGUGAAGGAGCUGAUAGAAAAUUCCUUGGAUGCCAGUGCCACAAAUAUUGAUGUUAAACUGGACGACUACGGGUUUAGCAAAAUAGAAGUAAGAGACAAUGGCAGUGGGAUCAAGGUUGAGGAUGUUCCUGUUAUGGCCAUGAAACACUACACCUCAAAAAUAAGCUCUUCUGAGGACCUUGAAAGGUUGACAACGUACGGUUUCCGUGGGGAAGCUUUGGGGUCAAUUUGCAGCAUAUCGGAGGUUUUGGUCACAACCAAGACAGCUGCUGAUGAUAUCAGCACUCAGUAUGCUUUGAAUAGCAACGGGCAUGUAACUUCUAAAAAGCCUUCCCAUCUAGGACAAGGUACCACAGUAACAGUCCUAAAUUUGUUCAAGAAUCUUCCAGUAAGAAAGCAGUUUUACUCAACAAGUAGAAAAUGUAAGGAAGAACUAAAAAAAGUCCAAGAUCUGCUGACAGCAUAUGGUAUCAUAAAACCGGACCUGAGGGUAACAUUAAUACAUAAUAAGGCAGUUAUUUGGCAGAAGACCAGGGUGUCAGAUCACAAAAUGGCCUGUAUGUCAGUUCUGGGAACAGCCGUUAUGGGCAGUAUGGUACCUUUUCAGCACUGCUGUGAAUAUCCUGAGAUAAAUCUUUCUGGAUUUCUCCCAAAAGCUGAGUCAGACAGUUCUUUGACUAGUCUUUCAAGUUCAGAAAGGAGUUUCAUUUUUAUAAAUAAUCGUCCAGUUCUUCAGAAGGAAAUACUUAAGUUAAUUCGACAAUACUACAGUAUGAUGACACACAAGGACUGUACUCGUUUAUAUCCUGUUUUCUUUUUGAAUAUUACUGUACCUGCCUCUGCUGUGGAUGUGAAUGUAACACCUGAUAAAACUCAAGUUUUGCUGCAUUAUAAGGAAUCUGUCUUACUUGCAGUUGAAAAUGUGUUGAAAUCACUGUAUGGGCCACUACCUGCUGCAGUCCCUGGUGAAAGUAAUAAAACAGAUGUUACCUCAGCAGACAUGUUUGUUCAUAGAACAGAACAAACAGAUGUGGUUGGUAAUGAAAUGGGACCAUCUGGAAACGAUGAGCUACAUGCUCAUACUUCAUUCCUUUCACUCAGCAGCGAUGUGCAAAACUGUCAAGCAGUAAAAAACACAGAGAUCUGCUUAAAUCAUCAGACUCCUUGUGCUGAUAAUGUACAUAGUCGCCUGGACGAGAGAGAGGUUUCUAAGAGUGAUGCCUUUCCAGACAGUUCCUUAAAUUUAUUGUGUGAGGAGGAACAGAAUGGACAAAAUAUGACUGAUAUUCAAAGGAACAGUGUUCCUGUGGACCCCAAGUCUAAAAAAGCCGAUGAUGAGCAUCUUUUCAGUUUUGAUAAUACUGACCAAAUAGAUAAAAAUAAGGAAGCCUCAGACCCUAAAGACUUACCUGAGGAAACCUCAGUCCCUAAAGACUUACCUGAAAAAGCUUCAGUCCCUAAAGACUUACCUGAAAUCUCUGCUGAUAGUUGGAGUAUGGGAAGUGCAUUUAAAGACAGUCUAGGAGAUAAACUGGAACCUGUCAAGAUUUUGAUGCCUGAAGUUGGAGGAACAAUUAGUAAGCAAAAAGAACACACUGCUCAACAAAGCAACAAUCCACAAAUCUCAAAUCAAAGCGUAAAGAAAAAAAAAGUGAUAAGUGAAAAAUUCGGCCAUGUGACAGCUUAUGACUUAAUUAAUAGUAGAAUAAUAAAGAAAGCAAAGUCUGCAUUUGAAAUUUUCACUAACGAACGUCGUCCAAAAUUGAUAAGUGAUAAUCCGAAGACCAGCAUGGCAGACAUUCUGCUGAAGAUUGAAGAGCAGUGGAAGAAUUUGAGUGAAGAGGAAAAAAAGAAUUAUGAAAUAAAAGCCGCCAAGGACCUGGAACGGUACAACAAAGAGGUCAAGAAAGUUAGUGCCCAGACAGUGCACCGGCCAACAAAGGAGACAGGAAAACAGAAACCCAAGCUAAAGAGUUCUGCAUCUGACCAGCAGAAGCUUGACAAGAUAUUUUAUGAUUAUAUUGAAAAGAAGGGGGAACUUGAACAGCCCAUGAAAAUUGUGACAGUGCCUUUUUCUCUGAGUUCCUGUAGACGUCACCUUCAGAGACAGGAGAAAAAUGUUUCAGACGAACAAGAGCUUUUCCUGAUCCGUCGCCAGAGUUGUCCUGAUGUCUGGAUAUUUGCUACUGAAAAAAAGCUGAAGUUGCUGAAUCCAUAUAGAUUGGAAGAAGCCCUGCUAUGUAAAAGGUUACUGAUGAACCAUAAGCUGCCAGUAGAGAAACUGGAUGAGCCAAUUAUGUUAACAGACAGUCUUAUUGGUGGAUCUCAGUACAUGGCUGCUCUUUAUAAAAUGCAGAAGAAUUACCAGAGUUUCCAUGGAUCAGGUUAUUUAUCAGAUCCAAGGCUUGUAGCAAAUGGAUUCCAGAUAAAAGUGAUAGAAGGUGUUUCAGGUACAGAAAGUCAUCUGGAAGUAGAAGGGAUGGCAAAUUGUCUGCCAUAUUACGGUAUUUCUGAUUUGAAAGAAAUUCUGAGUGCAGUAGUUAAUGGAAAUGCAAAGGAAGUAUAUGAAUGUAGGCCUCUCAAAGUGGUAAAUUACUUGGAGGGAGAAGCAGUACGUUUAGCUCGGCAGCUGCCCUUACAUUUGUCAAAAGAAGAUGUACAAAACACAAUUUACAGGAUGAAGCAACAGCUUGGAAAGGAAAAUAAAGGCUGUGUUCAUGGUCGUCCUUUCUUUCAUCACUUAACAGAUAUUCCAGAAGUUGACAAGCACAACUCCAUGGAAAUUACUUAGUAAAUGGAACAUUUUGUUUGGAGUCAUACUUCUCUUGCUUAAUUUUUAUCAUUACUCUGUAAUUUCAGUAUGUUGUGUGCAAAGGUUUUGUUAUAAUGACUUUUCAUUGUCGUAUGUUCACCUCCUAGAGACUUCUUUUAUUUAAGUGCUACUUGUAAAUUGGAAAUAAAUACUGUGGAGAAACUACUCAUCACUGUUUUUAAAAAGAAUUUAUUAAAGAAAUGUUCUCAACUGG